AUGGAAGAAGAGGUCUCCAGCCAAAACGAGAGAAGCCAGACCUCUAGCCCAUUCAGCUUGAAAGAUAAUGUGUCUGAAACAGUACCGGAUAGUUUCACGUAUCUAAACGCCAAGUGCAUGCUACUGGAGAAAACACCUAAGAUGAAGUCAAGCCUAUACGACCAUCUGGCUCAGCUCAUAAAGUAUAUACUGAAAACGGACGAAGAAUCCAUCAUGGAGAGGCUUGGAGAAAUAAGUGUGAAACUGAAACUUCUAACAUGUCCAGUCGCACCUGAUUUCAUAAAGGAUGUGCCAGAACCAGCAGAACAGCUGUCAGUCGCUAAGUCAGAAGUACCGUUAUAUCAGGUACAAUCGAAAGCACCGAAGUUUCAAACUCCAGCUCUUACUUCGUGUCCCGAUGUCGCCAGAGUCUUUUAUGCACUCGAACAAGCAGGAUUAGGUCUUCCAUCGGAAGAAGUUUUUCUUCUGGCUGUUUCAGUAAAAAAAUUUGCUAGUAGGAAAAAUCCGAAGAAAUUGAGAUUUUGGGGGAAAGUAUAUGGAAUACAUAAAAAUUACUACGUAGUCGAAGUGGAGGAGGAACAUCGAAUUCGUGAAAUGUCACAAGAGACGACAGAAGACGAAAAUCCCCAGAAGAAACCAGAACCGCAGUCUCCUUUGCAAGAAUCUGACGAAGCACUGGAAAGCUUACAAAUAGACUUGCUUCCAAAGUCCGACUGGCGACCCCAACAACCAACGCCACCAGAUGAGGUUGGACGAGGAACGAACAAGGCAGUUUACUACGUCUGCAACAGCCCCACAGAAGAAUGGAUAAAACUUCCAGAUGUGACACCAACGCAAAUUUGCGUGAGCCGCCAAAUCCGUCAUCUAUGCACUGGUGAUCUCGAAAGCAAAAUCGAAUCAUUUCCCCCGUUCCCGGGGGUGGAGAAGAAUUACUUAAGAGCACAGAUAGCAAGAAUAUCAGCCACAACAACCAUCUCACCAAUCAAUUACUAUCAGUUUGAAGAAGAACAGAUGGAGGAAAAUGCAUUCAGUGAAUCUUUUGUUCCAAACCCAGAAUAUGAACCAUUGUCUAUUUACGAACUCGCUGAUUCGUCGCUGGCCAACUGGGUUCACCACGCAGCUUACAUUCUACCACAAGGCCGAACAACAUGGUGGAACCCAAGAACUACGGAACCAAGUGAUUUAGAAGAUUAUGAUGAAGAUAUGGAAGAGACAGCUGAACUUGAGCCGGAAACCGGACCGCCGCUUCUGACGCCUCUUUCUGAAGACGAAGAAAUUGGUGAGAUCCAACCAUGGUCGACAAGGAUUACAUCCCAGUUUUUCGAAAAUAUCUACAUAGGAUGGGCACAGAAGUUCUUGGGUACGAAUUUCAGCCCCCAGCCUGCACCCAAGAUAUUUGAAGAAUUCCCAUCUGGACCAGAGGUAGACGAAGCCGAUGAUCCAACAGCAGAAGAGGAAGCCGCUUGGCGAGCUGCCCAAGAAGAAGCGACCAAAAAACUAGCGGAGGAGGCCGAAGAACACGAGGAAGAAGAAGAGGAGCAGGAGGAGGAUGAAGGUGAUGAAUUCGAGGAUUAG